UAAUUUUGAAAUGUGGAAUAUUAUCUCCAAGGAUCCCAACCCCCAAUUGAUAAGUGUUGCCCAGACGUCAAGAAAUGUAAACAAAAUCCUAUAUAAUCCGUGAUGGUUGGAAGGGAGUCAAUAGUAUUUGUUAGGUAUUGUGAUUUGAGCUAAUCUUUCAGCAUGUCUGAAGGUGAGAAGAUGAGAAGCUCAUGCCAUCUGUUGCUGCUUGUAAUGUUAAUGGAAUGUGGACAUGCAACCAUGAUUGGGGAGGCCUCAGGGGUGUGUGAUCCACCGCAUAUUCCACAUGGCAUGAUUGUACCAAUGCAGCGUAAAUAUGAGGCUGACUUUAGUGUUGACAUUUUGUGUUUAAGUGGUUUUGUAUUACGUGGGGAUCGCCGUUUGUAUUGCACUGGCACUGGAAAGUGGAUGACAGCAUCAGGGUACUCAUUUCCCGAGUGUGAAGCUCUUCUGUGUGAGCCGCCUCCAAAUGUUAUGCAUGGGAAAGUCCACAUUGCCCGUGGAAAUCCUCUGCUAGGCUUAGAACAUGAAAAGUACAAGGACCUUGAAAUGUAUGAAGAGGGGAGUGUUGCUGAAUAUUCUUGUGAUGCUGGGUAUUGGCUGCACCCAACAUCUCAUGCAAGGCAUACGUGUCAUCGUGGUUUGUGGAUUGGUGAACCUCCUCAGUGUGAGAGUCAAGGAUGUGAAGAGCCCAGCCCAGUGAUGAAUGGCUAUUACAUAGAAAUAGCAGGGUCAUCUGAUCAACAGUACCCUCCGGGAGCUCGAUUGCAGUUUGUAUGUCACACUGGCUAUAUCCUAAAGGGACCUGAUAUCUUUUUGUGCAAAGAGGCUGAUGGAUGGAUUCCAAGACGUAAACCAAAGUGUGAACCCUCGCAGCAAUUACUAGAUUCAGAACUGUGUUCAGUACCUCCAGAAGUGCAGUAUACUGUGCAGAAGAUGGUGCGUGGCAUUGUGACGUCAGAAGGAGCCUUUCAUGGAACAACUGUAGAGUAUAGAUGCCGUUCUGGCUACAGAAACACACUGGCUCCUUGCUUGGCUCACUCAUUAACAUGUCACAAAGGUCACUGGCAUGGCACUUCACCUGAAUGUGAGGAAUUCAGCAGUUGUGUGGCUCCACCAGAUAUUGCGCAUGGAUACAUGUAUGAUGGAGCUUCGCCUUACUCUCCGCAGUCUCAAGUUUACUAUGCAUGUGAUCCAGGCUAUCGGCUAAUAGGACCCACAGUAUUGACUUGUGAGGACUCAGGAUGCUGGGCUCCAAGGAUGCCUCCAGUUUGUCAACUAAGUCACCAGUUUGAUGAUGACAUUCGAAAUGAGAAGACAAUCCUGGAUAUGCAUACCAUCCUUGUAGCAACCACUGGCAGUGUAAUUGGUAUUCUACUUAUCGUCCUUGCCCUCAUUUUGUACCAACGAGCUGUGGGUACAAAGAUAGUGAGGCUCCGGAACAGUGGAAGUGGUAGCAAUAUACCACCACCACCUCCUACCUGUCCUACAAACCCUGCUCAGCCUCAACAAGAAAAUGAUCCGGAUAGGGUCGCCCUUAUUGCCUUUCCAGAUGAGCAGGGUGUGCCUCCCUCAUAUGAAGAAGCUGUACGUCACCGACCAGCAGUGAUGUUUGACACACAUGGAGGAAACUCUAAUGGAAGGUACACACCUCAUGCUCACCGAAGCCGAGGGCAUAGGGUUGUUGUGCCGAGUGUUAGUGUACGGCGGUCUCGACACAGAGACAACCCCGAUAACAUUUCCUAUCAAUCUAUUGGGUCUGCUCGGCAGUCGUCAAGCACAUCUCGUUCCAUGAGUAUGCGUAGUUGGUCAGCAUGUGACAGUCUUGGCUCAACGGAUACAGUAGCAGUGAGUGAUUCCACAAAUGUUACUGUUGAUACCCAGAGUGGGACAAGUAGUAAUGGUUCUCAGGCACCAUCAUGCAGAGCUUUAGCUGGUUCAUUAGCAUCAUUUGAUACCUCAUCUUUGGUCAACAAUGAAGGAGCGCCUUUAUUAGAAGAGGCAGAAGGAGAUGAUGGAUGUGAACACCGCACUGAAGAUCAGUUUUCGCUUUCCACUGUCAGUCUUCAAGAGUAGAGUGAUCAUUUCUUUGCAAUUUUCAUCUGGAGAGGAUGGAACCCCUUCUUGUGGAUAUUUUGCAGGAAAUGAAAUUCAAUAUUACAGGUAGCAUGUGUCACAAAAGUUGUCCUAAAAGUCGUCAUUUCAGGAAUGUAUAUAUACAAACAUAUAUAACCCUACCUUAUCAUAGUUAAGGUUUGAGAGCAUUAAAUAAGUAUCCCACUGUUUAGAUGAUACAUGAGGCUCAUAAUAUUUAUAGCACAACCUUUUAGAAUGUAGUGGUAUGAGUAGAAUAAGGUAGCAUUCAGCAUAUGUAAGACCAGGGGUUUCUUCAACUAACAGUUAUUUGUGUGGCCAUGACUUUUCUGUGAUUCAUGGUGGAACUGGGUUAACUUGAUUUUGAUCAGCAUCUUGCAGAUUUAUGUGUUACUCUGUUGUGUCAGGGUUUGGAACUAUCAAAUUUUACAGUAUCUAAUUUUGUCAUUAGAUACUGUCUGAAUUAAUAUUUGUUCCUUUGGAAACUUUACCUUUUAAGUAUCGUGCUCAGUAUACUAUUUCCAUAUUGUAUUACUAUUUGGUCACUAUCUUUUAUUCAUGCCAGUCUGUCAAAAUAUAGUGCUCAUAAUCUGCAGGUAUAGCAUGUGAUUUGCUGGUAAUUAGACAGCAAAGCUGGCAGGUAAAAUGAACAACUACUAGGGUAAAGUUGAUGAUAAUGAUUUUAUAUUGUUUAGGCAUGUGGCUGUUAGGAGUUUCAGUAAUAACCAUUAGUAUUAUGUUAAAUUUUCUUUCGGUCAGAAUUUUGCUAUCAAUUUAAAUUCACUCUGAAAUGAAACUGUUUAUGUAUAGUGGACCCUCCGUAUUCACGGGGGUUGUGUGCCAGACCCCCUGCGAAUAAUUAAAACUCGCCAGCACUGAGAACCCCCUCUAAAAACACUUAUGACUGCCCAUCUUUUCUUUUAAGUUCAAAUAUGAAAUGUAUACCUUAAAUAACAUCCUACUUCAAAUAUACCUUAAAUUACUGUCCUAUUACUUUAUUAAUCUUUGAGAUUAUAUUUUAAUAUAAUUUCAAAGUUACCUUAAACAUUUUACCAUUAAAAUAUAUACGUACAGCCAAUAACA